UAAAUGAUUCGGUUUAGUGUAUAAAUAUUUUGUAUGAAAUUUAUAAUUUUUGUUACGUUCAUAGAAAAUAUCUGUGAUAAUGAAAUUAUUCUUUAGUUUCACAAUAAUAUUUAUUGUGACUUUAACAAUAGUUCAAUGUAAACCAUCAUUGUAUUAUAGGGAUUACUAUAAUAUUAAUAAUCGGUUUAAUGAUGAUCUGUUACAGACAAAGGAUACUUGUGGCUAUGAGUCAUGUCCGAUCCCAAAAUCAAAUAUGCUAAAUUUGCAUUUAGUGGCACAUACUCACGAUGACGUUGGAUGGCUAAAAACUGUAGAUCAAUAUUAUUAUGGAAGCAGAACUCAAAUUCAAAAAGCUGGCGUUCAAUAUAUAAUUGAUUCUGUGAUUAAUGCAUUACUUCGAGAUAAAAAUAAAAAAUUCAUUUAUGUUGAAACAGCAUUCUUAUGGAAAUGGUGGAAAGAACAAACAGACGAUCGACGUCAUCAAGUAAAACAAUUGAUUAACAAUGGGCAACUUGAAAUUAUUGGAGGAGCUUGGAGUAUGAACGAUGAAGCUGCCAGCCAUUAUCAUUCAAUUGUAGAUCAAUUUACAUGGGGCUUUAGGAGGCUAAAUGAUACUUUUGGAAAAUGUGCUCAUCCAAAAGUUGGUUGGCAAAUUGAUCCAUUCGGUCACAGUAGAGAAAUGGCUUCUAUUUUUGCGCAGUUAGGAUUUGAUGGCCUUUUUAUUGGUCGAUUAGAUUAUCAAGAUAAAAGUAAACGAUUACUUGAGAAAACACCAGAAAUGAUUUGGCGUGGUAGUCCAAAUUUAGGUGCUGCUUCAGAUUUAUUUACAGGAGUUUUAUUCAAUAAUUAUGGCCCUCCACCAGGUUUUUGUUUUGACGUUCUUUGUUCGGACGAUCCUAUCAUUGAUGACGUUAAUAGUCCUGAUUUUAAUGCUGAUAAGAGAAUCAGUAAAUUUAUUGAAUAUGCACAAUUGCAAGCAAAAAGUUACAAAACAAAUAAUAUUAUUUUAACAAUGGGCGAAGAUUUUCAUUAUCAAGAUGCUAAUAUGUGGUUUAAAAAUUUGGAUAAGUUAAUUUUCCACAUAAAUGCAUUACAAAAAACUGGUAGUAACGUAAAUGCAUUUUACUCAACACCAUCAUGCUAUUUAAAAUCAUUAAAUGAUGCAAACGAAACAUGGCCAACAAAAACUGAUGAUUUUUUCCCAUAUGCAUCAGAUCCACAUGCAUUUUGGACUGGAUACUUCACUUCACGCCCCACAACAAAAUUCUUUGAACGUCAAGGAAAUAAUUUGCUACAGGUAUGCAAGCAAUUAGCUACACUUACUCAAAAUAAGGAUGAAGUAAACCCACCUGAUGAACUGAAAGGUCUUAUUGCAUUACGUGAAGCAAUGGGGGUGAUGCAACAUCAUGAUGCAAUUACUGGUACCGAGAAACAGCAUGUAACACAUGAUUAUGUACGACUUUUAACGCAAGCUGUAAAUCAAUGUAACGAUAUCGUUACAGACAGCCUAAAUAAAUUGCUUACAUCGAAAUCAAACUCAAAACAAAAAUUAUCCUUAACACAAUGUGCUUUGAACAUCAGUCAGUGCGAUGUCAGUGAACGUUCUGAAAAAUUUGCAACUGUCAUUUAUAAUCCAAGCAGCCAAUCCAUCGAUAAGUAUAUUCGUGUGCCAAUUGUUGGAAAAGUCAAUUAUAGUGUCAAGGAUCCUAACGGAAACAAUGUCGAAACUCAAGUAGUUCCACUUCCAUCCGGUGUACUUAAUCUCCCUGGAAGAUUCAGUUUGGCCACACAAGAAUUAGUUUUCUUAGCAUCAAACAUUCCACCUUUCGGUUAUAAAACGUACUACAUACAAAUUGAAAAAAUUCGAUCUUCUCAUAAGAGUCAACGAAGUUUUGAUAAAUUUAUGGGAAAUAAAGAAAUUAAAUUAUCAUUAAAUAAUGGACAAAUCACUAAAAUUAAAACAUCUGAAACGGAAUCGAAAAAUUUCAGUCAGUCAUAUAUGUAUUACGAAGGUGCAAUUGGAAAUAAUGAAGUAUUUGAAAAUCGUUCAUCUGGUGCUUACAUAUUUCGUCCAAACAACUCGGCUCAGUCAUUAGAUAUUCUAGAAGCAACUUUAUAUAAAGGUCCACUUGUUGAAGAACUACAUCAAGUUAUUAAUUCUUGGAUAAGCAAUGUAGUACGUGUUUAUCAAAAUACAAAACAUGUUGAAUUUGAUUGGGUUAUUGGACCUAUUCCAAUUAAUGAUGGGAAAGGUAAAGAAGUUAUUAGCAAAUUCAAAACAGAUCUUGAUACAAAAGGUGUAUUCUAUACUGAUUCAAAUGGUCGUGAAUUACUACGACGCCAAAGAAACAAACGUGAUACAUGGGAUGUACAAUUAUUAGAAUUAAUUGCGGGCAAUUAUUAUCCCGUUACAUCUCGUAUUGUUUUGACAGAAAACAAAACAAAUUACAGAUUUACUGUUGUCAAUGAUCGUGCUCAAGGUGGUUCUAGUAUCGAUGAUGGUGACGUGGAAUUAAUGAUACAUCGUAGAUUAUUACACGAUGAUGCAUUUGGUGUGGGUGAAGCAUUAAAUGAAACUGAAUUCGAUGGAAAAGGUUUAGUGGUUAGAGGCACUCAUUAUGUUUUGAGUGGGCAAGAUUCAUCAAUCACCAGAGCAGCUGAAGAUCGCCAAUUCGCUGCACAGAAUAUUUUAGCACCUAUAAUAUAUUUUGCAAAUUUGGAUUCUGUUACACGAGAACAAUUUGAAGAAAACAUUUUAAGACAGUUUAACGGAUUAUCUGAAGAAGAAUCUUCACUACCACCCAAUGUACAAAUUUUAACUUUGGAACCAUGGAAGAACGGUACUGUAUUGUUACGUUUAGAACAUAUUUUGGAAAAAGAUGAAGAUCCUAUUCUUUCCAAACCAUCAUGCAUUAACAUUCAAGAUUUGUUUAAAACAUUUAAAGUAGUUGAUGUCCAAGAAACAGCUUUAGGUGCAAAUCAAUUACUUUCUGAAGUUAACAGAUUAAAAUGGAAAUCAACAUUUAAUGACACAUUAGAAAAUAACAAUGAAAAUACAUUCUAUAAUAUUGGUAAGGAAUAUACGAAAUUUGAUGCUACGUAUAACUUGGAUAUAUUAAAUUGGAAAAAAUUAAUUUCAACGAAUCAACUUGAUGAAUUACUUUUGAGUGUAAAUAGAAAUUAUAAAUGUACAGAUUCGAAUUCAAUAUUUGAAAUAACAUUAGAACCAAUGCAAAUUCGAACAUUAAUAUUAACUGUUGAAUUAAAAUAAAUAAUUUGUUUAUGAAUAA